AUGGCCGCCGCACUUGCCGCGACACAGGUGGCUCCAUGGGAGGAGCUCUUCGUGACCGGACUCCCGAUGGACUGCAGCAGUGAGCAGGCCAAGACCAUCUUCAGCCAGUAUGGCUCAGUGAAGAGCACCAACGUCCUCCCGGUGUCACCAGGCAAAACAGCAGCAGCUUGCUUCGUUCUCAUGGAGACUGUUGAAGAUGCAAAGUGGAUCGUGGAGCAUGUCAACGGCAACGUUCCCCAAGGAUUGGUCAACCCAGUGUCCAUCGUUUUCUCGACGCCGAAGGAGCAGCGCCACACUAAAGGGGCCAUGAAGGGGGCCAUGAAGGGAAAGUUCAUGCAGACGAUGUGGAGCGCCAUGGGCGGCGGUUGGGGCAAGGGCGGCGACUGGGGCAAGGGUGGCGACUGGGGCAAGGGUGGCAGCGACUGGGGCAAGGGCGGUGGUGACUGGGGCAAAGGCGGUGGCACUUGGGGUGGCUCCACGAUGGGGAUGGGUGCCGGAGCCGGUGGUUGCGGCUACUCAGCCAUGAAAGGCGGCUUCGCGGGAAAGGGCGGUCCAUACUGA